CAACCUUACACCAUGGAAAGACGCUGUUCUCCCAAGUGCCCACUGCCACCCAUCCUGCGUCCUCUGCUGGGGUCCGUCUUUUUCCUGGUGGACGUAGUGCUGGACGUGUUUAACAUUGUGUCCCUGUAUCAGAAAGGGGAAUAUGUUUACGUGGUACUGCUAAUAACCGUGCUGCUGGCCUCCUCCGUCCUAGCGCAGGUGUACAGCUGGAUGUGGUAUUCGGACUGUAAGGAGACUCUGGAAAGCAGAGUGGAGAAAUCUGCGAGACAUCAUGGUUUGAUUGGACUUCUUCACAUCUUUCAGCUGGGAAUGUUCCUCAGGUUUGCAGGUGUGGUGGAGAUCAACAUAUGCAACCCUAAACAAAACAACAAACAGGGAGGAGCUGGAUCCUUAAACCCUGACAUGAGCAUGUUGCGCCUGAUUGAGGCCUUUACUGAAAGCGCCCCUCAGCUGGUUAUCCUGAUCUGCGUCACUAUCCAGGAGCAGGAGAUGCAGCUCUUACAAGGUCUAAAAAUUGCUGGUUCAUUUGGUGCCAUUGCCUUAUGUUUACUGUCCUACCAUCGCAACAUGUGUAAGUUUGUUCCUGAAGAUCAGAAGAUGGGAUGGUCCUCCUCUGCAGUCUUCUUCCUGUGGAACCUGCUCCUGAUUACCCCUCGGGUUCUUGCUGUUGCCCUCUUCGCCUCCAUCCUGCCCUGCUACAUCGCUGCUCACUUCCUGUCCUGGUGGGUGCUGCUGUUUCUCUGGGCCUGGAGGCAGAAGACGGACUUCAUGGAGACUGAAGGAGGUGAAUGGCUCUACCGGGCCACCAUAGGACUCAUCUGGUACUUCAGCUGGUUUAACGUAUCAAAAGGAAAGACCAAAGUCAAGAGCAACAUCUACCAUGUGUGCAUGGGGGCCGACAUGGGGCUGCUUUUGGGCUUGUGGUUUUGGAAAAGAUCUGUGGAAUCGGCUCGUCUGAGUCCUCUGCCAGUUAAUCCCUACAUACUGAUUGGUGGGUUGCCUGUGCUUUACAUCACUGGACUCCUCUUAAAGCUGCUUUACUACUGGAAGUUUCACCUCAGCCUCCCAAGAUUGAUAUCCAGUGUCAGAGAUGUGCCACAGACUGAGUCAAAGGUUCAGGAGGAAGAAUUUGGGACCAUCAUGCCUGAACCUGACACAGAACCUCAACGGCCUUUUACUGGCAUCCACAAACGGAGGAGAAACAUGGCUGUUAAUUUCUAUCACUAAUUUCGACUAUUUAACAUGUAUGGGUGGUUUCUCAGACGCAAGACUAAGCUUAAACAAAAUAGUUUUUUUUUUUCCAAUUUGUGAAACACAACUGACAUUGUAAUUUAGUUCUAGUCCAAGACUAUGUUUAAGCAAAGACUGUUUAAACUACAGGGUGAGUCAAAAGUCACUGGACAGGUUUUAUUUAUUUUUUAUUUUAUUAUCAACUUAUCUCUGGGG